AUGAGUGCCACAGAGUCUGAUCUUAGUCGAGCGGCACGCUACGCCGUCCCCUUUGCUCUGACCGCAAUUGGGAUCUGGAGAGCCAAGGUCACCACCGAAGUCCCCGAGCCAUAUCUAGAUGAGGUAUUUCACGUUCCACAGGCGCAGGAGUAUUGGGCGCACAAGUGGACAUCCUGGGAUCCGAAAAUAACCACUCCACCUGGCCUGUACCUUUGGUCGUAUAUCCUCUGUGCAGCUCUGUAUACUCUCCGCGGCUCUCCGACACAGCUCACCACCGAAGUUCUGCGCAUGACCAAUGCUGCUACAGCUGGGUUGUUUCUUCCAUGGAGACUCCAGACGGUCUCUGAUAUUGUGCACAAAGUUCGGAACACCCGGCCUCUGAAUGCGCGACUCAGUCACUCUAUCUUGAACAUUUGCCUGUUCCCACCGCUGUUCUUCUUCUCCGGUCUAUACUACACCGACAUCCUGGCUUUGCUUGUGGUCAUCGAGGCAUACAACUGGGAUCUUAAGCGUAUAUCGGGAACUGGCUCAUCUCUCCUGUCCACUCUUGGAUUCUUGGUGUUUGGAUUGGCUGCGCUAGCUUGUCGUCAAACGAACAUCUUUUGGGUCUCUGUGUUUCUAGGCGGACUACAGGCCGUUAAGGAAAUCCGCAAAUCUUCCAAGUCGUGCAAAUCAUCUGAUGUAUCUGAAAUUGUUAAGGCUGGUUUGAACAAUGAGGUCUACGACCCUCUUGUCUCCGAGGCCUCUUUGGCGGACUAUGUCAAGACUGCCAUCUCAUUUGCAACUGCCGGUCUUGCCAGCCCUUUUUCUUUCCUUGCCUCGGUCUUCCCUCAUCUCAUUAUCCUUGGGGCAUUCGGUGCAUUCAUCCUAUGGAAUGGUGGUGUUGUCCUCGGUCAUAAAGAAUUCCACACUGCUGGAGUGCAUCUAGCGCAGAUGCUUUAUAUUUGGCCCUAUUUCGUAUUCUUCUCUUGGCCGUUGCUCGUUGUUCCUGUGAUCAAUGUUAUUCUGCCAACGAAGUUUUUACCAAAGUAUCUCAACUACGGCUUCCCGGAAAAACAAAAGAAACUGCCUAGUAUCAUUGCGGCUUUGGUUAUCAUGCCAGUUAUGGCUGCUAUUGUUCAUUUCAACACAAUUGUGCAUCCCUUCACCCUGGCUGACAACCGACACUAUGUCUUCUACGUGUUCCGCAUCUUGCUAGGUUAUCACCCCGCUGUCAAGUAUGCUGCGGUGCUAGUUUACUUCCUUUGCGGAUGGGCUGUGAUUUCUGCCUUUGGAUUUUCUGUUCUUCGGAAGGCCCCUCGCGUCUUCCAGAUGCCAGUUGCCCCAAAGCCUGCAUCUCCUGCAUCCAAACCUGCUGUCAAAGAGCAGCCCAAAGAGACCAGAAAGCCCACUCGCAAGACCACAUCCAAGAAAACUCAGCCAGUGCAACCGACGCAACCCCCACCAGUGACAGCUGAAGCAUUUGCCAGGAUUCAGCAGGCUCUCAUCCAGCGUCAAAAUCAGCAACCCGAAGGAACUCGGGCUAGCUUUGUUCUUGUUUGGCUUGCUGCGACCGCUUUAUCUCUCGUGACAGCACCUCUUGUAGAACCACGCUACUUCAUUAUUCCUUGGGUAAUGUGGCGUCUACAUCUGCCUCCAUCUCCAUCCUUGGCUGUGUUCCGGAAACGGCGCCCUGAUGGCGAGAGAGAGCGAGAAUCGGCUGAUAUGGCAACUAAUGCCCCCAAGUUCUUAGAGACUGCGUGGUUCUUACUCAUUAAUGUCGUGACAGGCUAUGUAUUCUUGUACAAGGGCUUUGAAUGGCCCCAGGAGCCGGGCAAGAUUCAGCGGUUCAUGUGGUGA